GGAUGUUAUGGACUGUGAUUCACUGGGCUGCACAUUUCUCUGCCGCACGUCCUUUGCAGAAUGAAAUCUCACCGAUUAUUGGAAAAUCAUGUAGGAGAGUUUGUGCACUCUCGUGCAGAAAAAGGACUUGGACAGAGCUGAAAAAUGUCCAUGGGUCAUAAUUUUUCCACUGGGACCAUCAUGCUCCAGAUAUGUGUGAUGUUCUGCUUGCUGUCAGCUGUCUUCUCCCAGUCAACAAAUGCCUCACUCAAGAAAGGUCGAAACAUCACCAUCCACUCCUCCCAGCUGGUCUGCAGCCUGCCAGGCCCAGCCGGACCUGCAGGGAACCCUGGAGCCCCUGGAUCACCAGGGUCCAUGGGUCCCAUGGGUCCCCCUGGGAAGGAUGGCCCAGACGGGAAAGAUGGAGCGAAGGGACAAAAGGGAGAGGGAGGUGAUCCAGGGAGGCCCGGGAACCAAGGCAAGCCAGGUGUGACAGGGCGUGAAGGUGUCAUAGGCAAGGCUGGACCUCGAGGACUGAAGGGACUUCGAGGAACACCUGGGACGGCUGGAAAACAAGGACCAAAAGGAGAGCAGGGUGACAAGGGUGAGCAAGGAGCUCCUGGAGGCUGCAACUGUGGCAGUACAGCCCGAUCAGCCUUUUCAGUGGCGGUGACAAAGAGCUACCCCAAAGAACGACUGCCAAUCCGCUUCAGCAGGAUCAUGCUGAACGAGGGAGGUCACUACAACACCAGCAGUGGGAAAUUUGUCUGUGUCAUCCCCGGGGUCUAUUAUUUCACUUACGAUAUCACUCUGGCCAAUAAGCACCUGGCCAUCGGGCUGGUCCACAAUGGACAGUACAAGAUCAAGACGUUUGAUGCAAAUACAGGGAACCAUGAUGUGGCAUCUGGUUCUACUGUCCUCCAUCUGCAGAAGUCAGACCAGGUGUGGCUGCAGAUCUUCUACUCUGAACAGAACGGACUCUUCUUUGACCCUUUCUGGACAGACAGCACCUUCACGGGCUUUCUUAUCUAUGCUGACCAGGACUAUCUUACUGAGGCUGAUAGAAAAGCUAAUGCUCAGGAUGGAAGUUAAUACAGUCACCAUGGAUUAUGUUUAUUUGAUCCUAAUAACUUGUAAUUCUUAUCAAAAUGUUGUAAAAAUACACAUUGGCAGAGACAGCUGAACUAUGGAAGGCUUCAGUGUAUUUCAGUGUUUAACAUGUUCUGACACCAGGGGGCGCACAAGGAGAGAGGAAAGUCAACCACAGUUGGAAUCCACUCAAUAUGAUUUAUUAUUGAAAUGUGUUUUGCCUGCACUAACCUUAACAGUACCAAAACUCUGAUAAAAUAUAUUUCCAAAGAUUUCUCCCAUAAGUAACACAUGGAGUUUCCUUUAAAUUUAUCGAAGAAGAUCCACAAGUCUUGUUACAUUUUUUUUUGCUCUUUAGCACAAAGCCAUCUUCUGUCAUGCAGAAGAUAUUUUAAAUAGCAAAGAGCAACAUCACAUUGCAAGUGAAAUUAAACCAAUAUUUGUUAUAUGAUAUUAAACAUAUGUGGCAUACAGUCAAUAAAAACCAAGACAUUAAUAUAUAUAAAUAUAUAAUGCCUUGGUUUUAAAAGACAUACAUUGCUGUAAAAAAGGCACAUAUAUCUUUAUAUGUACAUAUAUUGUAUACAUAUAGUUAUAUAUAUAUAUUUUUUUUACAGCAGUGUAUUAAAAUGUGGGUUGAAAAAAACAAAAAAAUGGCUAAAAUAUUCUUAACAUGUAUUACUACGAUAUUCCCAGAGUCAGGUUCUCUGGAUUAACGAAAAUGUAAGAAGUAGUUUAAAUUAACCAAUUUUAUUUAGAUCACUUUAAGCCAAUGAGAUGCUUCAAUGUAAAAGAUACAGAGAAGAGAUGGAACAUGUGGAUAGACAACUAGAGUAUUAUGUCUUGUAUUGUUGUCCUAUUCAUAUAACCCUGUUUAUAUCAUCACAUCAUCAUGACCAUGGCUGGAUUCCAAACUGUGUGUGAUGUCACAAAGUCACGCUCAUAUCUUAAAGGCAAGCCCAGAAAAAAACAGCAGAUGAUUUUAAAACAGCCUUCUAGUGUUCAGCUUAUACACACGGGCCUAAUUCUGCACAUUGAAGUUAAAGAAUCCAAGUGAUAAUGAGCAAAACACAUUUUUCAGUGGAGGGGGACUUUAAAUUAGAAACCUCAGACAAUUAUUGUUCAUUUUGGUGGUAAUUAAUGGCGGCGAUCAAAGCAUUGUUGGUCUUUGACAUGGAUGAAAAGUAAAUGAAAGAAUUUGUUGAAUAGUAUUUGUAUUUAGUAUUUGUGUCAUUUGUAUAGUGUUUAAUUUACAACUUUGAUUCUGCUCAGUGUUACCUCUUC